AUGGAAAACGUCGGUGUUAAUGACGGCUCUGUUCUUGGUUCUUCUGAACGGACCGUUACCGAGGUUCCUUCGAUGCCUGCGAGUGCGCUGACGUCGACCACGGACAGCGCUCCGGCGGUGACUUCUGACCUCCCGACGCGACAGCUUGCAUGGCAACAGCAAGACAAAGCCAUCCUCUCCAUACUUAUAUCUUCCUUAUCCGAGGAGACUCUACGGUUCGCCGUCGGCAAGGGUACUUCUCGGCAGCUUUGGCAGGUAAUCGAGCAAACCCUAGGGUCGUCCACUCGCUCUCGCGCUCUCCGGCUGCUCGGCGAACUACAAGGGCUCCGCCAAGGUAACUUCUCCAUAUCUGAUUACCUUGGUCGCGCUCAGAUGUUGAUUGAUGAACUGGCUCUCACCGGUCGUCGCAUUGAGUUGGAUUAUCAAAAUCUAUACGUGUUUCGCGGUGUGCACCCAGAGUUCUGGCCGUUGGUGGCAACCCUGGCACGUGGUGCUCCCGUUCCCCUCCCGGAGGUUGCGGAUUUCCUUGUUUCGCAAGAGUGGAUCUGUUCGGAUGAUGGCGCAGCUCUCGGUGCCCCGGUUGCCUUGGCCGUAAGCCGUGGAGAACACGGCGGCCGCGGUGGCAGUUCGUAA